UCCAUAUGUUCGGUUGAUUCCAUCGAAAUUGGUCUAUAAAUUUUAAUAAAUAUUUUUACUUUUGGUUUUGCUCUCUUUUAAAUAGUGUUUAUUUUUUUUUUGCACUGAUUGAAAAUGAAGAUAAAAUUAAGUUUAAUUUUUGUUUUUAUUUCUGUGUGUGGUCUUGUUCAAUCAUCACAUUUAAGAAAAAGGUCGGCAGAUAAUGUUCAAAACAAUGUAAUGGAUCUUCCUGAAAUUGAUGGAGACCACUUCUAUUAUUUCGGUUAUGGAAGUAAUCUGUUGGCUGCAAGAAUACACAUACAAAAUAAAUCAGCGGUACGUAAGGCAGCUGGUAAACUUUUGAACCACAGACUUGACUUUUACGGAUAUACUACACGAUGGAAUGGAGCUCCAGCAACAAUAGUUCCAACAAAUAAUUCAAUGGUUUAUGGAGCCAUUUGGACAAUUGACUUGGCAGAUCUUCCAGAUCUUGAUGAUCAAGAAGGUGUCCACACCAAUACAUAUAAACCUGUGAGUGUUCCUGUUGAAACUGCUGAUGGAAUUAUCAUGUGUCGUGCUUACUACCUUUGCAAUCAACCCUCAACUAUUCUUGCCGAAGGAGAUGAAAUACCCUUCGACAGACAACCAUCAACAACUUAUUUGAAAACUUUAGUUAAAGGAGCCAUCGAAACUGAAAUUCCAGAACCUUAUAUCAAAUGGAUGAAGAAAAUUAAGCACAAUGGCAAUCUCGUGGAAAAGUUUGAAAAACAACUCGGACUGGAAUCAGUUGAACUUUCCUCUUAGCUUUUUUUCGUAUACUAUAAUUUUUGUGAUAAUUUUUAUAUAUAAAUAGUUUGUGCAUGUUUUGUGAGUUUUGUAAACUUAAAUUUGAAUAUAUUGGCAAAGUUGGAAAAUAACCAAUUAAAAGGCAA